AUGAGAUGGAAAUUGAAGAAGGAGGCUGAGCAACAGCUUAAGGAUUCAAGGAAACAGCUCUUACAUUUACAUCCCCCGGCUUCCGUCAAUCAACUCCUCCCUAUUCUUGAUGAAUUACUGAGUGUUUCUUCUGUUCAUACUCUCAAUUGGUCCAACGAAUUCUUGCUUUUCUCUAGGUUCCUUAGCAAGCUGAGAAACAUCUAUUCAGUAAUGAAGGCGUUGAUACAUGAUGGUCUUUCAAGACAUUCAGAUGUUGAUGUGAAGGUUGCAGACGCAGUUACUUCAUCCAUCAGUGAAAUAACAAGAAUCACAGCACCUGAUGCACCCUACAACGAUGAACAAAUGAGGGAUGCAUUCAAUUGA